UCGAUCCCAUCAUCCCCUAUCUGCAUCAGCUUCCCGCAACUCAGCCGGAGAGGCAUCGAUUGGAAUGGCGCUCGCAAGGGUUUCAUCUUCUUCCCGCCUCCUCCUACUCCCCUCCACCACCACCACCUCCUCCCUGCUCCAUUCCUUACUGCGCCCCUUCUCUACCUCCUCCGUCUCGGCUCGUCGCCUCUCUCACCCAAGAAGCCUCCCCAUCGAUGCCAGUCUCACCCAAGCUUCUCCCCUCCUUCCUACUGCGAGGGAGGAGGGGGAGGUGGCGGGAGCCCCGAGGUCCACCUCCAGGCGGCCGUGGAAGCCUACGUGCUUGUACUACACCCAGGGAAGAUGCACCAUGAUGGAUGAUGCUUUGCAUCUUGAGAAGUUCAAUCAUAAUUUGUCGGUGGACCUACCAGUGAAUGCUUCAGCUGCAGAUAAAGUGAAGCCUCAGAAACUGGAUUAUUUUUUAGUUCUUGAUUUGGAGGGAAAGGUUGAAAUUCUUGAAUUCCCAGUUGUAAUGAUUGACGCCCACAGCAUGGAGUUCAUCGAUUCAUUUCACAGAUUUGUACGCCCAACUGCAAUGAGUGAGCAACGAAUAGAAGAAUAUAUAGAAGGGAAAUAUGGAAAGUUUGGAGUUGACCGUGUAUGGCAUGACACUGCUGUCCCUUUCGGGGAAGUUCUUCGAGAGUUUGAAGACUGGAUUGGAGGUCACAAAUUGUGGAAACAGAAACAAGGAGAAUCCCUCAACAGUGCUGCAUUCGUUACUUGUGGUAAUUGGGAUUUGAAGACGAAGGUCCCUGAGCAGUGCAAGGUUUCAAAAAUAAAAUUGCCAUCUUACUUUAUGGAGUGGAUCAAUUUGAAGGAUAUCUACCUCAACUUCUACAAUAGAAGAGCAACUGGAAUGAUGACAAUGAUGAGGGAGCUUCAAAUCCCAAUUGUUGGAAGCCACCAUCUCGGCAUCGAUGACGCGAAAAACAUUACAAGAGUUGUUCAGCGCAUGCUUGCUGAUGGUGCUGUGAUACAAAUCACCGCAAGGAGGCAACCGGAUACAAGCGAUGUGAAAUUCCUUUUCAAGAACAGAAUCAGGGACCUAACAGGCAAACUCAACUCCAAGAUAGAGAAAAAAUAAUGCAGGGGGGAUCUCAAGAGAAAUCUAACCAUAUCCCUCAAACUUUCUGCAAAAACACCUAAGGAAAGAACCUUCGGCAGAUCAAAGAGGCUCGCACCAAUACACUCAAGUAAAGUAAUAUGUAUUUACAUUCUUCAGUGGAUGUUGCCGCUGUGAUUUCCUCUCUUGCAUUCUUGACAAUUCUUUCUCUUUGACACAAUGUUACAUGCAGUUCUAGCUGAUUAUCU